GUCUCUAUUGAAUGUCCGGUAGCUGAGAUAGAGUAUAUCUCAACAGAGAGAUUAUUUCGUUGAGACGAUGGAGACUACAAGCUUUACACUUCUACUCACAGCAAGAAUUAUUGAUUUUCCUUUAAACUAAUAUCUGGAUUAUACUUGAGCUUCGAUUUGUCUAUCACAAACACGUCUCGCGGGAAUCUCCACCUCCCAUGAUAAAUCAACCAUCGAAAUAGAAAUAUUCUUUGUUCAAUCCACAUCUCUUGUUUCUACUUGCUUAAGCUAUCUACUAUCAUUUCAAUCCACCUCAAUUUGUUUCGGCACACUCGUGUUCCGUCUCACUUUUCUUCACUGAGAGUUAAUUACUUUUAUUUUGAGGAGAGGUGAUAUUCAAAUAUCUGCCUCUCACCUCACCUCUCAUUUCUUGAUAUUGAUUUUCCUUUGCAUUGGACUCUCAAAACCGCUUUCACUUCAACAUCAUGUCCACGAUCAUAAGCACAGGACCUGAUGCACCAGGAGUAAAUUAUUCUGUAUCCGCCAAUGCAAUUACUCUUCCACUAUUCUCCAUACUCUUCAUACUACUCCUAAUCGUUCCAUUCCGUCUUCUCUACCGCGUCAACAAUAUAGCCGCCUGCGCACUCGUCACAAUAAACAUAAUUUCCCUCAUCUUUGUCGCCAUGAAUGCUCUCCUCUGGCCUACCGAUUCCCUCGCCUCUCGAUUCUCCGGCCACAUAGUCUGCGAUAUCCAAGUACUGAUCCGUCAAGCUCUCUACACAGCGAUGACCUCAACAACAUGUUGCAUAUCUUUGUUUCUCGCAAGAGCGGUAAAUACGGAUAACGCAUGUAUGCAUGAAAGUCGAGCGAUGAAAAGAAGAAGAGUAGCGAAAGAUUGUGCGUUUUGUUUUUCGAUCCCGAUUUUGCAAGUCGCGCUGCAUUACACAAUACAGACGAAUAGGUUCACGGUUAUGACUAUUUAUGGAUGUGUGGAUGUGACAGAUUUGAGUUGGCCGAGUAUUGUUAUUUUACAUAUUUGGCCACUCAUUUUUGCGUGUUUGAAUUGUUAUUUUGCUUUCCUAGUGAUUUAUCGUCUCCGUCGACACCGCACGAAUUUUACUAGUACUCUUUCCUCUUCCUCUUCGGGCCUCAGUCCUCGUCGAUUCUUCAAACUUUUUUCCAUGUCCCUUAUUCUUCUAAUAGUAUACUUUCCAGUCGUUAUUUAUUAUUUCUAUCUCAAUGUAAGCUGGCCUUUACACGCAUAUUCUUGGUCAUAUGUUCAUGAUCCUUCAUUUUGGCCUACGAUUUUCUUCUGGAGAAUUGCGGAUGCGCCAAAGGGUAUGCAGUAUGAUGCAUGGAAUUGGAAUUCUUUGGCUUUUUUAAUUGUGAUAUUCUGGGGUUGUAAUAGCGAGGGGAUGGAGAUUUAUAGAAAGGGAUUAUGUAAAUUGGGACUGGCGAGGUGUUGGCCGAGAUUGAGGAUGAGCAUGCAAGAAAGAAGAAUGGAGAAAAUGGAGGGGAACAGUAGGGCUGGGAUGAGUGGUGGGAGUGUGAGUGGGAGUUGGGCAGGUAAAUUUGAUUUGAUUACGAAGACGAUUCAUUAUUUUGAGGAUCAGGAGGCGAAAAGUAGGAAACAGAGUGUAGCUACAACAACUACAUUGGGCGAUGAAGUGAUGAAUACCGCGAGCCGCAAGCCCUCUCAUACCCCAACCUAUGAAUCAGUCAAGUCCAGCAACUCGGGUUGUAAAUCCCUCGAUACAACUAGCUACAAUCCAUCGGCCUACAAAAUCUCCGACGCGACAACUUGCGAAACCAUAAAUGAGAAAGAGACUUCCAUCUCAUCUACAUCUGCUACUUGCAAAGACUCAGAUGUCAUCUCCCCAGUUUCGAUAACACCGAGCCCAAAUAAUACGUACUCGCAUUUUCCAGAUCAUGAAUUAGGGGGUGAGGAGGUUACAAUCCCGUCACAAACUUCAGCAGGGAUGUGGAGGACCUUUAGAACGCAUCUCAAUCCACUAUCUCUGGGUUCCUUACUUGUUCGUGGCCAGAAACCAAAUAAUCAGGAUUCGCAUACUGGAUAUCAUCCGCACUCCAACUCACGCUCAACAAUUCAUCCGACUCCAAACUUAAACCCCACCAUCACAAAUCAGAAUUCAACACACGAGACAAAAAUAUGGGCGACUGGUGCUCUGAAAGAUUCGAAUGAAGAACAUAAAGAAUCCAAUACAGGGCUGUCGGUUACUGGGGAUUCGACUAAAUCUCUGGGUGAUUAUGCGGAAGAUGAGAAUUGUAAUCCAGAUGAUCUUCUUGCGAAUCCGAAACCGGGAACUAGGGUUUACAGAGAGAGAGAGAGACGGGAAAAGAUUUCGGAGAGAGAAGAGAGAAAGAAGGUGAUGGAAAAGGAGAGGAGAGAAAAGGAUGAGGGGAAUGAGAAAAGAAGCGGAAUAGGCGAGGGAUUGAAUGUUGAGCGGACUUUUGAUAUUGUGGAAGAGAGAAGUAUUGGAAGAGCGUGUAGCUCUUGAUGAUUCGUGGAAAAAUGUUGCUCUUAGUCUUGGAGAUUGGGAUGAUGGUGGUUGAGAUGUACACUUUUCUUUUGAGGCCUGAUUAAUUACUUGUCUGCUUUCUUAUGGAGAUAAUUUAGUAGCUCUAGAGUAAAAGACACUUUUUAAUAUAUCAGGGUAUUCCCAAGACUGCCA